AGAGUCCGCUUGGCGGACUCUAUGGAAUUUUCUAUUUCGUACCAAAAAUCAGCUUAUUUCCCUCUUUCCUUUUCCCUCGUCAUUUUUCACUCUCCCUCCAUUUCAUUUCACAAAACGAAAACCCUAAUCUGAUUCUUCCUCUCUCUCUUCCGAUUCUUCCUCUCACCGUCGCAGGCGUCACCACCGUAAUCGCCGAGACCGCGACAAGGACUCCGUUAAGAACCGAAAAAAAACCAAGUCUCACUCCCACACCAAACGACGUCGCAAGCAUCAUCGCUAGUCUUCCGAUUCUGAUUCAUAUUCUUCAUCCCCCUCUCUGAUUACUCCAGGUAAAUGAUUCUUGGAUUCGUAUUUAUGUGUGACAACUUCAGACAUUUCAAGUUCCGUCUUUUUUGAGAAGAAAAGCCAACCCUAAAAAUGUUGUUUCCAUCAUACUGGGAGGAGGUUCUGGUGUUCAACUUUUUCCUCUUACCAAACGAGUUGCUACACCAGCUGUUCCUGUUGGUGGAUGCUACAGGCUUAUAGACAUUCCAAUGAGCAACUGCAUCAACAGCGGGAUCAACAAAGUAUUUGUAUUGACACAGUUCAACUCAGCAUCCCUUAACCGUCAUAUCUCUCGCACCUAUUUUGGAAAUGGCAUCAACUUUGGAGAUGGAUACGUAGAGGUACUUGAUGUUGAGUUUCACAACGUGAAAGCUUUGUAUAGACGAGCGCAGGCAUAUAUAGAGACGGGAGACUUUCUUUUAGCAGAUGUAGACAUCAAGAAAGCUCUUGAGGUGGAUCCACAAAACAGGGAGGUAAAGACGCUGAAAACAAAAGUGAAGCAACUUCAAGCUGAUAGUGACAAAAAAGAUGCCAAACUGUAUGAAAAUAUGUUCGCUCAUAAACCGAAGAGAUUGAAGGUUGAGAAAGAAGAGGAUGAAGUGGUGAAAACGGAAAUGGACAAUGUUGGUGACAGUGCAGCUCCUUCUAAUGGUGGUUUAAUUAUUGAUUCUUGUCCUCAUCUAUGA